AUGCCACCAAAGCUCACGCCGGCUCAGAAGCAAGUCUUCACUCUUUACCGGAGAGGGCUACGGGCCAUCCGAGCCAAACCCGAGGCCUCUCAACCGUCCUUCCUCCUGUACCUGCGGCACGCCUUUCGCUCCCCCUCUGGCGGCGGAGGACUUCGCAAAAGAGACUUUGGGGCUAUAGAGUACAUGCUCCGGCGAGGAGACAAGAUGAUUGGAGAUGUACUGGAAGAAAAGGGUACAAAGAGUAUCAGUCUGCCUCGGGGGGCGAGUGAGUGGUGGGAGGAGGAAGUGAGAAAGGCGAGGGGUGGAGGAGGGGAGUGAAGAUGGAAGGAGGAAGCUGAGGGGGGCUCAGACAGACUUGCAACGCAAUACCAGCAGCACUUCGAACAAGCGUUUCGUUGGACAAUGUAUGCAUUGCGGACCAUAUUGAGGUCCCCUUCACUCGUCCUCGUCCGAGCUGUUGAUAUCGAUCUCCGGCAUCU